GGCUGGGAUUUGGCAUCAGAGAGACAAUACCUGGAGUUGGGGGGCGGGGGAAGUGUUUGGAAGCGCGGGGAGGGGGUUGUGUGCAAAGAUCAACCCGGGAAGAGGUUUGAACCCACAAGGUUUUGGGGGCAUCGGCAAAUCAGCUUGAGGGUUGGAUCAGUCUCUGUGGUCUCCCUCCCCCCCCCGUCUUUUUUUAUUUGGCACCCUUGCCUGAUUGGUAGCGGUCAUGUGGGCGCCCGGACUCCUGGGUCCCUUGGCGUUGCUGGCCUUUUCCGCAGGGGGCUGCCAGGGAUUGUCCUUCCAGCUUCCGCCGCAGACGCGCAAGUGUCUAAAAGAGGAGCUCCACCGGGACGUGAUGGUCACCGGGGAAUACACGGUCUCGGAAGCCACCGCCCCGGGCAUCAAGACAGACUUGCGGGUCACAGACUCCUCUGGACACCUCUUGUACUCCAGGGAAGAUGCCAAGAAAGGGAAAUUUGCCUUCACCACAGAUGACUAUGAAAUCUAUGAAAUUUGCUUUGAAAGCCAUGGCCAGCCAGGGAAUUUCCGGGUCCCUGACCAGCUGAUCACCCUUAAUGUCAAGCACGGCGUGGAGGCGCGGAAUUAUGAGGACAUCGCGAAGGCAGAGAAGCUGAAGCCCUUGGAGGUGGAUCUGCGUCGGCUGGAGGACCUUUCUGAAUCCAUCGUCAAAGACUUUGCCUUCAUGAAGCAGCGCGAGGAGGAAAUGCGGGACACCAACGAAUCCACCAGCUCUCGCAUCUUCUACUUCAGCAUCUUCUCCAUGCUUUGCCUUGUGGGUCUGGCCACUUGGCAGGUCUUCUACCUCAGGCGUUUUUUCAAGGCCAAGAAACUCAUUGAGUGACGGAGCUCCGGUUUGCCCGGGGAGGAGAGAGGGCAACGAGUGGACUGGCCUACAUCCUCUUAGGUGUGAACCAGCUUCUCUCUCUCUUUGCUCUGCUCUGGAGGUGACUUGGAUUAUUUUUUCCGGGAAGCUCCCCCCCACGGCCAGGAGGACUCCCAGCAGAACAUGACAACUGGACUGGAUCUUUUUGCCAGUUGGGAACUCAGCCGCUCGUCAGAAAAGGCAUGGAUUCUGGAGGGCAGAUUUGAAAAUCACUUUCCAGUCCGUCGCCGCUCAAAAACCCCUUGAGCAGGCCAUGGCGCUUUUUCGCUCUGCUUGGUGGCGGGGGAUUUGGCAGGGUGGGUGUUUUUUAAUUCGACGGUCGUUAAUUUAAGUCACAAUUGCUGAGCGCACUGAAGAAGUAAUAAAUUUUGGUUCCUAGCUA